GUCAGUUUGUGGCUUCGUUUUCCUAGGGUGAGGUGCGAGGUGUAUAUUUUGGAUUAUUUUGUUAUCGUUAUCAAUUCCAAAAUGCUGAAAUAGUGUUUAAACCUAGAAAGUGCUCAACUAUGUGUCGUGAUAGUGAUUUAACCAAUUAUAGUUUGUUUGAAGUGUAGUGGCCAACAUGUUUCGAUGUAUACCUUUGUUCAAAUGUAAUCGCCAAGUGGAAUGUGUGGACAAGCGGCAUUGCUCGUUGCCAACAGUACCUGAAGACAUUUUGCGAUAUUCCAGGAGUUUGGAGGAAUUAUUUUUGGAUGCCAAUCAUAUAAGAGAUUUACCUAAGAAUUUCUUCAGACUACAUCGGCUAAGAAGACUAGGUCUUAGUGAUAAUGAAAUUCAUAAACUUCCACCAGACAUUCAAAAUUUUGAAAACCUAGUUGAACUUGAUGUAUCUCGAAAUGACAUUCCGGACAUUCCCGAGGACAUCAAGAAGCUGCGAGCGCUGCAGAUCGCAGACUUCAGCAGCAAUCCCAUACCGCGGUUGCCGGCUGGCUUCAGUCAGUUACGAGCCCUCACUGUCCUCGGACUCAACGACAUGUCGCUUACCAGCCUACCCAGCGAUUUUGGAAGUUUGGUGUCCCUGCAGUCAUUGGAACUGAGAGAAAAUCUAUUAAAAUCACUGCCAGAAUCACUUAAGAACCUCACUAAGUUGGAGAGAUUAGACUUAGGCGACAACGAGAUUGAAGAUUUGCCGGGCUUUAUCGGGGAACUGCCGGCGCUCGAAGAACUAUGGUUGGACCACAAUAAACUACAGUACUUACCUCCAGAAAUCGGCAAUCUGAAGGCAUUAAUAUGCCUCGACGUCAGCGAGAACAAGCUAGAGAAGCUUCCAGAAGAAAUCGGUGGACUCUGCUCGCUCACCGACCUCCACCUCUCCCAGAACAUGCUGGAGACGGUACCAGACGGUACCGGAAAUCUAUCAAAGUUAGCAAUACUGAAGUUGGACCAAAAUAGAUUACAUACGUUAAAUGAAAAUGUAGGAAGGUGUACAAAUCUACAGGAGCUUAUAUUAACGGAAAACUUUUUGAUGGAACUACCUAAGUCGAUAGGCAACUUGCAAGAGCUAACUAUACUUAAUGUAGAUAGAAACUCACUGCCGGAGAUACCGAUAGAGAUUGGGAACAUGACCCUGUUGGGCGUGCUCAGUCUUCGGGACAACAAGCUGACGAGACUCCCCAAUGAACUGGGCAACUGUAAAUCUCUGCACGUGCUAGACGUCAGCGGCAAUAGGCUACAGUACUUACCAUACACGUUAGUCAACCUGGAACUUAAGGCGGUGUGGUUGUCAGAGAACCAGGCGCAACCUCUACUUACAUUUCAAACGGACAGAGACGAGGCGACGGGCGAAAAUGUCCUCACAUGCUUCUUACUGCCACAACUAAGUUAUACCCAGCAACCAGAGCUGGAACACACUGCAGAGGUCGGCAGUGGACACUGGUUCAGGGAACACAGAUUUAAUUCACAGUCGCAAGAGCUAGACAAAAUACGAGAAUCGAGUGUAUCACGAGACCGGGAUUCGGACAACGACGACUGGGAAGAGAAGGAGGCAUCGCGCACUCACUCCGUGAAGUUCACGGAAGAUAUGCCUGAAGCUAAAGAGACUCCGUUCGUCCGUCAGAACACACCUCACCCGCGGGAGUUGAAGGCGAAGGCUCACAAGUUGUUAGCCGGGCGAUCGCCUGACGUCACUCAAACGCAAGAAGCGCCCACGACCAACGGCCUGCCUCUGUCGCCGCCCGAGACCGCGCCUACGCCGGUGCCGACACCUGCUAUGGAACCUGCGAAGCAACCCAUAUUCCAUGCGCCAGCUCCACCUCCAGAGCCGCGGGAAGAAGACAGCGAUAAGGAAACAGUCCCCGACCGAGAAUCUUCUGAAGGAGAGAACGAUGAAAACGACGACUCCGAUGAACUCGAGGCGGGCGCGCGGCGCGUGGCGUGGCUGGCGGGCGUGGCGGAGCGCGCGGCGGCGGGCGGCGCGCGGCUGCACCGCCGCGACACGCCGCACCACCUCAAGAACAAGCGCGUCAACCAGGUGGACGCCGCCCGCGCCAACCACCUCAUUGCGCAGGCGAUAAAGAAACGAGAGGAGGAACAGCAAGAUCAUCAAAAGACUGACGACGAGGAGGCAGCCGAUGACAUUCCUGACGGUGAAUCAGUAUCGGAGCGAGCCGAAAGUGAAGCCCGGGUGGUGAACGACCAACGAUGCAUAGAAGUGCGCAUCGCCCGCGCAGCCGGGGGCCUUGGACUGAGCAUAGCCGGAGGAAGGGGCUCCACGCCAUACAUCGGCAACGAUGAGGGCAUAUUCAUAUCACGCGUCACCCCUAAUGGACCGGCUUAUCUUGCAGGGUUAAGGGUUGGUGAUAAGGUGCUGUCGGUAAACGGUACGUCUGUGGUAGACGUCGACCACUACUAUGCGGUGGAAGUACUUAAAGCAAGCGGCCCUACACUUACUCUGGUCGUAACUAGAGACUCGCCGAAUUCCACCAGAACGCACAGCCGAGCGCCGAGCGGUGCGAGCCAUCAUUCCGUAUCCACUAACGACACUGUAUCCACAUUGGAAAACGGACAGGUUACGACUGGUCGUGGUAUAGUGGGGAAACCUCUUAUUAUCGGGAACCAGUACGCUCAGGAGUUUGAACCGGAGCUUAAAGAGCAAGUGGUGAACCAGAGUACUCCUAAUGCGAACACUCCAGUCGGGUUCAGUCCAUCGCCGACGGGGCAGGUGACCACUGAGACAUAUCAACGCUUGCAGGCGUCGCCACCGCCGCUCACGCAGCCUUAUGUGCCGCCAGUGUUCCAACAAAAGGUGCUAGUUCACACGACGUUGAUCCGCGACGGCGCCGGGCUCGGAUUCAGUAUAGCCGGCGGCAAGGGUUCCCCUCCUUACAGGGAAGACAGCGACGCGAUAUAUAUCUCGCGCAUAUCGCCGCAAGGCGCCGCGGCCAAGGACGGCAAGAUGCUAGUCGGCGAUAAAGUUAUUUCCAUAAACGGCGUAGAUAUGGAGAGCGCACGUCACGAACAAGCCGUCUCUCUGCUAACGGGCCACGAGAGAUUUGUGAGGCUCGUCCUGCAACGGACUAUCACUCCCGACCAGGGCGAACCUCUCCCGCGUCCGAAGUCAACGUCUGAGGAAGUGAGAGAGCACAAGACGAUCCUGGCGAAUGCGACUGUCACCGCGGCACCGAAACCCACCAAUCACGUUACAGCACCACUAGUCGGGAAUAGCACGCACUCAGCACCGCGCGUCAGCACUCACGUGGCACCGUCCGCGGGUCCCGUGGCCCCUGUGGCCUCGCCGACUAAGGCCUCGCCAACCCAAGUGGGGCCACAAAAACCCCCCUUCGCACAUAACGCGGUCCCGCCGCAGCCCGCACCGCGUAAACUGAGUCACCCUAACGGACAGGCCGGCACGAAACCGUCAACUAACAGUACGAGCACACCCCUAACUCCAGGCGCGAAUAACAUGCACGGCUCUAGCGACGACGUGUUUGCGGACGACAUUCAGCCUCGGCCGAUCACGAACGAGGAGUUCCAAGCGAUGAUCCCCGCGCACUUCCUGGGCGGGCCGCGGCCACAGAACCCGGCGCCCACAAACGGCGUCCGAGUGACCGUGGAACGGCCGGGCGCAGGCGUCGUGCUACCACCGCCGCCGGCGACCCUCGGCCGUGUCACGGAAACCAUCACCAAGUCGACCUUCACCGAGACCACGGUCACACGGGUCACGGACAACCACCUGGUCGCGCCGCUCAUCAUAGAAGACGUGGUGUUGGUAAAAGAAGGCGGCUCUCUCGGAUUCAGCAUCAUAGGCGGCACGGACCACUCGUGCGUCCCCUUCGGAGGAAAAGAACCGGGAAUAUUCAUAUCACAUGUGGUGCCAGGUGGAGUGGCAGCGCGUUCAGGGAAGCUUCGUAUGGGCGACCGUCUUGUACGAGUCAAUGGGCACGAACUGACAGGCGCCACACAUCGCGACGCCGUACAACUACUCCUGCAACCAGGACCCACGCUCACAUUGUCCGUGCGCCAUGACCCUCUACCACCGGGCUUCCAGGAUCUAACGAUCGUAAAGCAAGAGGGUGAGAAGCUAGGCAUGCAUAUAAAGGGAGGACUUAACGGGCAGCGUGGCAAUCCUAACGAUCCAAACGACGAGGGAGUGUUCAUAUCGAAGAUCAACAGUGGCGGUGCUGCCCGGAGAGAUGGCAGACUUAAGGUGGGCAUGCGCCUACUAGAAGUGAACGGCAUAUCUCUACUGGGCGCGACGCAUAAUGAAGCGGUGAACGCACUACGCUCAGCCACCAACGCGCCGCUACACCUUGUCGUAUGCCACGGCUACACACGGCCCGAGAAGUACACCACCGGUAGCGAGAGCGGGACGGCGGACACGGGCGGCUCUCUGUCUCACUCAACGUCAAGCCUGAUUGACGAGCCGCUGCCCCAACAUCAACAGGAGCAGCAGUACCAGCAGGAUCUAGUUGAGUUUGAACACGAGAAACAAGUCGCCGAAUUAAGAGGAAAAUCUACGCCGGAAAAGGUACUAGACAUAGUGCACGCGGUAGAAAGCAUGGCUCUGGAGCCGGCGCCGCCGACGUCGCCGGAGCCACAGCACAAGACCACCACCGUCGUCAUGUCCAAGCACACGCUCCAACCUCAGUCGUCUAGCUCGCCCGCGCCUCCUUCGUCCCUCGCGGUGUUCUCGAGGCAGUCGCAGCCGACGCCGCCGCCCGCCACGCCGCCUCCCACGCCGGCCAAUGAAGGCACGCCCGUGGAUCUGCCUGCCCCGCCCGCUGUGCCCGCCCCGCCUGCCUCGCCUGCCCCGCAGUCGCAGCGUCCGCAGCAGCCGCCGCCGCCUCCCCCUAAACCGAAACCACAAGUGCCGCGCAAACCGCAGAUGAAGCGAGUUAGUUUCACCCAAGAACCCGAAUACGACCGCCCGCCGACGAACGACACGAUGACUACUCGUCGUCCCCUCCCGCAUGACCUGCAUGAACCUACUCUCGAGCGCGUCGCUACGUCGGACACUAACGAUGCAUGCGAGGGAAUCGGUAGCUCUGUACUAAUUGACCGGACGAAAACUGAACUUCCGAGACGAAUCCCCAAAGUGACCCCGGUAAUUUCCGAAGACAUGAUCAUCCCCCCUCCGCCCCUGUUCGAUACGAACGUAAGUGAUACUCCGUUUUCGGACGACGACAAAGAUUCGAGUUUGCCGCCGAUCAUCGUUAUUCCUCAGCGAAUUGUGCUGCCGACGCCUGUCGAGGCGGAAACAACCAUGCAGUCGUCCACUUCAACCAAUUCUCCCGAAACUGAAGUCCCUCCCCCCGUCAAUUAUGACGCCUUUCCGAUGACGGAUACUCGGCCCGUAGAUAUCCCGUCCCGUUUUGCUAUUCAGUCUGAAGUGCCUUCGUAUCAAUUAUUCCGUACCUCGGAGCCUCCGUCCCUAGAUAGUGAAGAAUACUAUAACGAACUGUCGGUCAGUCCCGGCGGACUGCCAGAUCCACCGGAACUAUUGCAUGCUCAUUAUAAAACUCUUCCGACCGUUUCGCACCUUCCUAACUCCCCAUGCCACUUACACCCAGAUCAAACACAAUUCGAAUACAUUCCGAGCCACAUUCCAAGCCAUUAUUCAUUAAGAGACUUAAGAGUUAAAAGCAUAUCACCGAGUAUGGUCCACUCAUCGACGUAUCCACCCAUAAACCCGUAUCCGUCUCUAACGACGGUCGCGGGCACAUACAAUCCUUACACAUGCACCGUGCCAGUGUGCGCCUCCAAUCAAAGUUCAAGCUACAAACCUCAAGUAUCUCCAUCGCAAGUGAACCCGGUACUGCAGGACAUUAAUGCAAAUGUCGCACAAACGAUUCCGCAUAUAAUAAGUGAUACGUCUAAAAGUGUCCAGUCAGAGAGAAGAGUUCGCUUCGGCGACGUGACGACUGCGCCCGAAUCUGACACGUUGUCGACACGAUCGGAAGUAGAGAGAGAAGCGAGCUCCCACCCCGCAUACACCCCGAUACCCGCAUGGAGCAGCAAAAUCAAAGCCUUCGCCAUCGGCGAGGUAAAGAUAAAUGCUUCCCCACCUCAUUCUGGUAAUUUUGUGAAAGCAUCUGUCAGCGACAAGAAAAAAUUCUUUGAAAAUGCAAUGGAAGAAAGCCACAAACCGUCGCCAAAGCCAGAGAAAGUGUUCACAUUCCUGUCAGCGGAUGAGGUGGAGAAAUUGAAGCAAGAAGAGGAGAGAAAGAUGGCGUCCCUGUCUCGCGCGGAGCUCCGCUCGUGGUCCCCGGGCGAGGACCGCGCCAGCGGAGACAGCGACCGCGAUGACGAUGAGCCACACGAGAAUGGCCAUAGUGCACCAUCCGGCGGAGGAGUGAGUCCGUCGGCCAAGUCGUCCCGGCGGCGCGCGGGCGCGGGCGCGGGCGAGCCCGAGGACGCCGCCUCGCGCGCCGCGCGCCGCGCCGCUUGGAGGGCCGCGCGCCUGCGCUCGCUCGAACAAGAAGCGUUAGAGUCAGCUAAAACUAUAAAGAGUAUGGUGGGUCCAGCUGAGGACAUUAUAGGCGAAGUACCGUCGAGAGAGAAGUCACCGUCCGAGAAAUGGCCCCUACCACGUAUCGCGUUACGUACAAAACCGGGGCCGAUUCUGGCCGUGAAGGAGAAGGAAAAAUUGUUAGACGAGCGAAUUACUCUACGCACCGAGGAGUUUGUUUGCCCGACCACCGGCGAGACUAAAGUGCGAACCGUCGAGUACAUUGAAAAAGUGAUUGAGAAAGAGGUGGAGACGACGCAGGAGAAGAUAAUAUCAUUGGAGUUGACGACCAGUCCGAGCAGCGAGACUGCGCCGAGCGAGUUAGACGAGGCGGGCGCGAGCCUCGGCGAGGGCGAGGGCUCCGGCGAGCACUCGCUGCAGCCCGACAUCGUGCAGGUCGUCAACCCGCUGCUGGACGGCGGCGCGGGGCUCGUCACCGCCAUCCCCGUGGGCCCCGCCGACCGGCUCACCGCCUACACCCACCACACCGACUAAACCACCCGCACAUCUCCGUUCCCAUUCCCCCACACCCAUGACGAAACUAUUUAUUUUUAAAACCCCCGACUCGACACAAACGACCGAACUCGAUUGUAGAUUUCUUCAACGAAACGAGGGCGAAUCGAACGAGUUUCCAUUGUAUUAUAAACUGUGAUAAUAAGUUUAGAAUUCCACCGACUUUGAAACGGACGAUUUGAAGAAAUCCACUACCGAGACCCGCUUCAAAGUGGCAUUUUAUUCUGAUCACAAUUUUAUUUUUCUAUUAUUAUUUUGCGACGGAGAUUUUUAGAUUUAUAAUAGGUGUUACUGUCUAUUUUGAUAGAGAAUAUUCUUGAAAUACUUUACGUAUUUAAUUUUAAAUAUUUUUCAUUCCGUGCAAGUUUUUAAUGUUUGACUGAAUGUUGAUGCUGUACCUGCUAAGUGGAAACCGUAGAAUGUGAUUGGAUAAUAUCGUAGGUUAGUUGGAGGUGUGUAAGAAUACGUAUUAUAGGUGUACAUACCAUCGAGGAGGGCGCAUUACGAGCGCGGGCGGCCGCGAGCCGCGAGUUGCGCCGGCGUUUACAUGUUGGUAUUCUGGCAUCACAUUUCACUUACAACAUCCUCCUAUACGUGGUCAUGAUUUCAUAAUAUUACUUAGUAUAAAAUAUACUUAAAAUUUUAUUUGUGCAUUGUUAUUAUUCAUGCAGUAUUUUGUGUUCGCUGACGUACUUGUAUUUUUAACUUAUGUUUUAGUUUUACUCUUCGUAUGUGGUGCCUUAAUUUCUCAAAUGGAUUUAUUCAAUGUUAUUAUUAUUACUAUCAGUCAGUUUCAAUAAAUUUAUGUUUUAAAUUUUCAAUUAAUUUAUGGUAGGUACUUGUAGUCGUUUGCCGAUGGUGAUGAAAAAUGCAUUUGCUUUAGAAGGACUAGUUGGAAGUUAUAAUCAAACUGUUUUAUAAUGUAAUUCAUUAAUCUCAAAAGUGUAUAUUUUCGCUGAGGAUUGUAUCAAACUGUCAUAGUAUUAAUAUUUAAUGGAAGAAGUAUCGCGAUGAAAGUUGUGCUGAAUGAAAGAAUGAUUUUCUAAGUGUGUCCUUUAUACCUUUCUAAGGCUCUUUAGCAGUAUGUGAAUUGUAAACUAAUGAAAAUAUUGUAUGUUUGUCCCAAUUAAAUGGUUUAAUAUAUAUUUUAAUAAAAUUA